UAGAUGAGGGUUACUAUGGCAACCGCUUCUGACUACACAAAAUGGCGGAUCAGAUGUUAAGAGAUGGUGAGGCUGGAGAAGAGGCUAUCAUCACUACAGAGUUAAAUUCAGCAGCUUACAGUGGAGACAAGGACCUGCUGCUGGCAUUACUGAAGGAACAUGAUAUUGAUGAGUGUGAUGAACAAGGCCGGACACCAUUAAUGUAUGCGUCUAUGGUUAACCAAUACGAUAUUGUGGAUUUACUCUUGAAAAGGAAAGCAUCUUCAACCAUACAAGACACUCUAGGCCAGACUCCAUUACAUCUGGCAGCAUCAAAUAAUGCGUUUGAGUGUCUGAAGUUGUUGGCUAGGUCUGCUACUGAGCUCAAUAUUAAAGAUAUGGAUGGUCGGACUCCACUUCACCUUUCAUCUGCUAAAUCAAAUUUAAGAUGCCUAGAUUUCCUUAUAAGGAAGUUACGUUCUAGUGAACUAAACGAAGGUGACAAUGAAAAGAUGACUGCCUUGCAUUGGUGUGCUUAUAAUAAUAAUUCUGAAGGUGUCAGGAAACUCCUUCAAUCAGGUGCUGAUAUCGUAUUAACUGAUAUUGAUGGUAAGACUGGACUCCAUUGGACUGCCAGUAAUGAAGAUGACAGUACAAUCAAAGUCCUUUUAGAUAAAGCUCCCACUGCCAUUAACUUGAAAGACAAAGAUGAAAGGACAGUCCUCCACUUAUCAGUAGCAGCAGGCAAUGCAACAGUCAUAAUGACACUGUUAAAUUCUUCUUCCGUCCGUUGUGAUGUGAUGGCUGUUGAUAGUGACUUCCGUACUCCAUUACAUUGGGCAGCAGUUCUAGGUCUCUCUCAGAUUGUUGGUAUACUAAUGGAGAAUGGAGCUGAUCCCACUGCUGUUGAUGCCACUGGGGCUACACCACUCCGCUAUGCUGCAAUGAAAGACCAUGAGGACACAGUUGAGGUUCUAUUGAGUUUCAAUUCUGAUGACAUACCUGAUAAUGAAGGACGUACAGCUCUGAUGGUUGCAGCUGAGAAAGGAUAUUAUAAUAUUGUGAAGAAGAUGAUUGAGAGAAAAGUUGAGAUAAACGCUCAAGAUAAUCAAGGAGCAACUGCACUUCAUUUAGCAGCUUAUAGUGGCCAUUCUGAUAUUUGUCAGCUCUUCAUUCAACACAAUGCUGAUAUCAAUGCUACUGAUAUCAAUGGACACAGUCCUUUAUUCAGAGCCUGUGAGUGUGGCCAUAACCCAGUAGUAUUGACACUGAUACAGCACAAGGCACUAGUGGAUCUUAUUGAUAAUGAGGGAAGGACCUGCUUACACUGGGCAGCAUCAGGUGGGCAUGAGUUCAUAGUCACUACACUGAUACACAGUGGACUACCUGUAGAUAUACUGGACAAUGAAAAUCGUUCCUCACUACAUUGUGCUGCUUACAAUGGCUCAGUCGGUUGCUGCUCUGAACUCAUUAAUGCUAAUGCUUUCAUUAAUCAAACUGAUAAAGAUGGCGUCACUCCACUACACUGGGCCUGUGCUGGGGGCAGCAGUGACUGUGUUCAGUUUCUACUAAGCAAAGGAGCUAAUCCAAAUGCAAUGGAUAGCUCAGAGCAACUGACUCCAUUGGAUUAUGCUAUACUUGAGAAUCAUCAGGAGCUAGCACAAGCUCUUAUAAUCAAUGGAGCUCUGACUAUUGCCAGCAUACAAGAGCUGGCUGCCAUUAUGAUUCAGAAGGUUGUACGUGGGUAUUUGGCAAGGAAAAGAUUCAAGUUGCUUCACGCAGAGAAGGUGAAGGGAGAGGUAAAGGUGGAAGAGACAGGAGGGACAGAAACUGAAGCAACUGAUGCUGUUUCUAGUCGACCUGAUUCUAGUCAUAGGAGGAGUCUUGAACUUCAAGUUGCUGAAUCAGAGAGACAAGCUAAGGAAUGGGCAUUAAGAAGCCCAUCAACUAGGGCACUUCAGAGUCAACUAGCUAGAAAGGACAGACAGAGGAUGACACUUCAUCGUAAGAAGACACAUGCUGCACUAGUUAUACAAUAUGCCUGGAGGAAAUACAAAAGAAGGAAGCAUUACCUUGAGAUUGAGGAUGCCAAAAGGAAAGCUAGACAAAGACUAGGAUUAGACCAUUGGAGGAAAGAGAUAGCUGCAUUAGUUAUACAACUAGCAUGGAGACAGUAUCAAAGAAAACAAGUACUAAAACUAGCAAAUAAGAGAAGAAGAAUACUACAUCAAUGGACACCAAGUGUCCUUGCUGCAAAGCAGAGAUUACUAGUGGAAAAAGUUUAUGGUCAAGAACUAAAGACUAGUCAGUAUCACCCUCCUAAACCACGCCCCAUGGUACGGCCAGCUUACCUUCAGCUAGUUGCAUCUCCUGCUGCUACUUCUUUUAAUUUUGCUGUGAACCAGUAUCAGACUUCAUUCUCUCCUCAGUCAAGAGUCUUUUAGAUUAAUGAUAAUAAUGAAUGUGUAAACUGCUUGUGUACGUAUUACCCCCUUCACCUUUUACUGUCUGUUCUUCAAAUUAUUAGCAACUCAAUUAAAAUGUAUUAGUAUGAUUAUUAUUAUUAUUUUUCCUCUUAUUCUCAUGCAUAAAAACUCAUUGUGACGCUACAAAAAAAAUAAAGAAAAUGUUUCUCUACUAUUGUUUGUGCUAGUUUCAAUGGUUCCAUUAUACAACAUAGCAGACUA